AUGGCCACCCGAAGCCAGUACUAUGAGCUGUACCGCCGAAGCAGCAUCGGCAUGCAGCUCACCGAUGCCCUCGACGAGCUGAUCCAGUCUGGCCACGUCAACCCCGUGCUCGCCAUGCGCGUCCUCAACGAGUUUGACAAGGCCAUCGCAUCCAACCUCUCCAAGAACGUAAAGGCAAAGAGCCAGCUCAAGGGCCACCUGCGCGACUACCGCCUGUGCGACGAGGUGUGGACCUUCCGCGUGCAGAACGCCACGCUCAAGCUCGACAACUCCGAGAUCCUCGACGUCGAAAAGGUCAAGAUUGUCGCGUGCAAGAUGGCCGAGGGCACCGGCAAGUGA